GGUUAUGUUAUUGUUGACCGACUAACAUUAAAAUUAAAUACAUUAAUUUAUAACACAAUGGCAACAAAUUCAACAGAAUGGAAGUCUUUUAUAGACUCGAAUCAGUUUUAUACAAACGGUUUUACUAAAGGAAAACAACUACCUAAAUUUUUAGUUAACGAUCACCCCUUAAAAAAUGUUGUGGUUACAGAAAGGAUUCCAAGACGAAUACUUGGGUCACAGCCCAGUACAGGCAGAACAACACCAGUGUCAACUCCAGCAUCUAUAUUGGAGCCACUUUCUCUAGCUCUGAAUGGCUUAGAUCCACUAACAGAGUUUGCACUGCAAGAAAUGGAUCCAUUAUCAAAAAUGGCUGCAGAAAUGGAUAGUAAUGUGGGAAAAAACAAUGUGGAUAAAUCUAAAACAGACUCUCUAAAAACUAUUAUGGAGCCUUGGUCAUCUAGAAAGGCUGCAAUUUUAACUAAAUUCACAACCUCUGAAAAAAUAUCAAUUGUGACUAGUUUUUUAUCUGAGGGUGAAAAGGUUGUUGUAAAAGCUCAAAGUACACCAGUUGAUAAAAUCCAACACAGACUUGAACAAUUGGAUUAUUUUGAAGAGGGCUCACAGAAGAAAUUAGAUCUAUCUCAGUCUGAAUAUAUUGGUAGAAUAGAGCAAUUAAAUAAGGAGUUGGUAAUUGCUUGGAAUUCAGAGCAAAGAGUAAAAGCACUAAAAAUUGCAAUUCAGUGUGCUAAAUUACUUGCAGACACAGAUGUAUUGCCCUUUUAUCCCAGCAAAUUUGUAUUAAUCACUGAUAUUCUAGAUAUUUUUGGACAACUUGUAUAUGAAAGACUAAGAACAAAGGCAGAAUAUUUCAAGCCUGGCUCUAAAACACCAACGGCUUUGCCUGAAGAUUUUACUCUAGAUAUGGUGCCAGAAUCGGCAAAAGAGACUUGUUUGAAUUGGUUCUAUAAAAUAGCCUCAAUUCGAGAACUCGUGCCAAGGCUUUACGUCGAAUUAGCUCUUUUAAAGUCUUAUACUUUUAUGUCAAAUACUGAACUUCCAGAAGCUUUAUUGCGAAUAACUGAUAUGAUCCACGGCAUAGGAAAUCCUUUAGUCGCUGUGUAUGCCAGAUGUUAUUUAUGUAGAGUAGGACUUAGUGUAUCUGGUCCUAAUGCCAACAAUACAUAUUUGUACAAUAAUUUUAUAGGUUUUUUGGACACGUAUUGUCAUUUAUUCAAUAGAAACGUUUCGUUGGAGUUAGUUUUACAAAAAAUUAAUAUGGGCACGUAUAUGACAUUGUAUACUCCCGCUCUAGACUAUAUUUUGUCGACUAUUGCUUGCGAUGCAAACGAAAAUGUUUUAAACGAUUUGUUAAAUAAAGCAGCCAAAUAUGGAAAUAGUUCUCUUAUAAUAAACACGAUAAUGUCCGGAUUCAAGCCAUCUUUUAUAAGUGAAAGAACCGUACAAUUCUUAGAUAUGAUAGGUAAAUGUAGGGAUGACGGAAUCCCUUUAUAUUUGCUCCUGAGAACUUUGGGAUUAUGUAUAACGGUUUAUCCUCCGCCUUCCGAACAACGAAGGCAAAUACUCACAACUGUAUGGAAGCAGAUAUCUUCUAUCAGAGAUCCCGAGGAAUACAUUUUGUGUUCAGAGGCUUGGGUGCCUUUCGUAGUACAACAUUUUGCGACACGAGAAGUCAAUAUGGUUUUGGGUGACAUUAUAGAUCACUUAACGCCAAAUAGAGCUUAUGAACAAUAUUAUAAUCAACUUAAAUUGAUUGUACAAAGAAUUUUGGCACACAUACAGGAUUUUGAAUUGUUGUUAGUGAUGGACAAUUUUCUACGUUUAAUCGAUCUAUUCCAACAAGAAUCUGUACGAGUUGAAGUUUGCAAAAGUGUUUUAACACUAUCCAAUAGCGAUGUAAAGACGAAUGAUCCAGUAAUAACUAAUGGUUUGAUGUUUUUAUGCAGUGUGUUGCACGAUUCGAUUAAUGCCCUUACUCCUGAAGACGAAUUCAAACAAAUAGGCGAAAUUCUCUGUAAUAUUGUCAGACGAGUAGAUUAUGGCCGAGAUUUUGAGCAGCAAUUAAGCUUUUACGUAGAAGCACGUGGCGCUUUUUCCAAUGUCGAUGUCGUGCUUGCCGAGUUGGUCCAGUGUGUCAACACACUAUCAGUAAACACAAGGCAAAUCAUAAAAGGGAUUCAUACGAGAAAGACCGGAGAUUUCGUUAGGGCUUGCGCUGCGUAUUGUUUCAUUACAAUUCCUUCUAUUGUAAGCGUAAAAACACGACUACAAUUGUAUCUAUUGUCUGGACGGGUUGCCUUGUUUAAUCAAUGCUUAGGACAAGCGGAUGCUUGUUUUAAGGCGGCUUUUAGUAUCAUUCCGGAAUUGCAAGAUGAUACUGGAAAAUCUGAAUUGUUCCUAUUGCCCUACAUAAAACAGUUUUUAUCCACUUUGGUUGUUGUUCCUGACAAUCCUGAAAAAGGUGUUCUGAACUUGACCAGAAUUCUCUUAAAUGUACUCAGAGGAUUUGAAUGGAACAAGCAGAAUGGCUCUUUAACAUCGAUCUAUAUUUCUGUUAUAGAUAUGUUGUCAACAGUGUCUCAAGAGGUGUAUCCAUAUCAAAUUGACAAAAUAGAGUCUAAUGACGGACUGUAUGGAUCGGAUCCUAAAUUUAUUAUGGAAAUAAAUAACCUGUGUUCCAUUCUAAUUGGCGAAAUUUUAAACCAACUCAAAGAAAUCGGACCUUGCAGAAAACAGUCGCAACUAGCUGUAGAAUUAUGUAUACGAAUAGCCACUAGAGGCGAUCUGACUUCAAAAAAUCUGGUGACUUUGGCAAUUAAUUUGUGGAACCUCAGUAUAAAAAAUGGUCAUGCAGAUAUUAAAUAUAUGAUUCGCACGAGGGAAUAUUUCAAAAAAAUUUCCGUCUCCCGAGACAACGCUAUUCUACAAAGUCUUGUUGAAAAACUCCCCUUGCCUCAAUAAAACUUGUGAUACAUUUAUUACUUUUUAAUAUUAUACGUAAGUUUUUACAUCAGAUCAUUAUAAUAAAGAAUAUAGGUAUUAAAGAAGUAUAAAAAAAAUAAACAUCACAAUAAACAUU